AUGAAGUACUCCGUCGCUUUCGUUGCUCUCGCCGCUGUUGCCGCUCAGGCUCAGUCUCUUGCCGACGUCCCCAAGUGCGCCCUUCCUUGCCUCGACAAGGCUAUCGCCAGCGAGACCGACUGUGACAAGACCGACCUCGCCUGUGUCUGCAAGGGCUUCAGCGCUGUCCGAUCCGUUGCUACCUCUUGUGUCAUUAACGAGUGUGGUACCGACGUUGCCAUCAACGAGGUCCUCCCCGCUACCGAGGGUCUCUGCAAGAACCCUCCCAAGGAGUCUGAGGACAAGCCCUCCACUGCCGAGGAGAAGCCUACCACCACCAAGGUCGUUGUCAGCACCAGCGUCGCUGUCGUUGAGACCACCACCGCCGCCGAGGAGGAGAAGCCCACCACCACUGUCGCUCCUGUUGUUCCCACCACCGCUGCUGAGGAGCCCGUCGCCAGCACCCCCGCUGCCACCCCUUCCAAGGGCCCUGAGCAGACCAACGGCGCUGCUAGCCUCACUGGUCUCGGUGCCCUUGCCAUGGCUGCUUUCGCUGCCCUUGCUCUGUAA